UCUUCCGCACACACGCCCCCCUCCCCAAACUGUGAGCUGGGAUGGGGGCAGCGACCCGGCGUGGGGAGGGGACACCGCGGGCGGGGCGGCCAGGAGCCCGGGGUCGCCUGGGUCCGCGCCCCUCGCCCCGGCCCUGCGCAAACUCUCUUACUCGGGAAGGAGGCCGGGCCCGCCGGGCCCGCCCAACUCCCCUCUGCCCACCACGCCCGGCGGCCGGGUCCGGCAGUGCGGCUCCGUAAAGACCAGCGCGGCGCCCCGGACCCCACGCUCCACGCUCCACGCCCCAACAUCCGCCCCCGGCGCGGGCAAGAGGCGAAGAAAAAAGAUAAAUGGCCCCAAGGCAACAGGAAACCAAAACCGACUCGAUUCAAACCGAAAAGUAGUAGGCAGCUCGUCCGCCCGCCCCGGCGGCGAGCCCCACGCGCGGCUGGCGAAGGACGAGCCCAGGACUGGGUCUCCCGGGCCCCCAGAGGCCCACGCCCGGCUUCAAACCCGGCCCCAAACUCGGUUCCAGGAGCAAGCCGCGUUCUCAGGGAAGUCCCCUGCACAGGCGCUGAAGGAAGAGCCCCCAAGCGGUCUGAAGAACCUGGGACCAGUGGCGGUGAGGCUGCAGGCCCGGCUCCCAGAGAUGCAGACAGACCAAGACAGCUCCAUAACGCGGGACCCUGCACCAGGCCCUGCCCUGCUGAGGGUCCUGUCCACCUGCCGCCCACAGGGGUCACUCCUUGGAAGCCCCAAGGCCUCUCGGCAGCUCAGGGCCAGGAAGCAGGUUGGCCAUGAACCGCCCUGCUGCCCACGAAGCCCAGGAAGGAAGGGAAGGUAUAGGCUUCUCACAGCAAACUCUUUCUGCCCCAGCGGGAAUUGCUGGAAGGAAGCCAGGAGUCCCCUCAGACCCCUCCUUAUCUUCAUAAUCAGCAUCUCGUGGGUAAACAUUCAUUGCAAUAAUUCUCAAAAAUCAGCAAGGAAAGCCGUCUUUCACGUGGCCCCGGCUGGAGAGAGGACCGCUCAGCCGUCGGAGCCCGCCCCAGGGGCCUGCAGCCGCUGGAGGGUCUUUGCACAGCGUAAAUCAGACCGACUAUCGCUCAGGCACAGGGAGGAUAAACACGCUUCAGCACUGUGGGAACCAGCAGGCCGUGAUGGGAUUAGCUUGCAGGUUCCCAGGGGCGCGCGGCCUUUGGGGGGGCCGCCGCCCCUCCUCACCUCCAUGCGGGACCUGCCGGGGUGUCUGCUGUGCGCUGAGCAUCUGCGUGGGCACCCAUGAGGCCGGGGUGAGGGGCCUCAUGGGUUUUUUCCCUCUUUGGUUCCCACGCACCUCGUGGAAGGAAAGCUGGUUCCCAUGCCUGUGGGCAGGGCUGAGAAGGGGCGACAGGGGCCCAGGGCUCUGCUAGUGCCGGGGGAGUGUGGGGGAAGUUCUCCCUCGGCCACCCCCCUGCUGUGCAGGGCACUGGGGGAGAGGGGCGCCUCCCCCCCUCCCUGGGGACCCUGACUCGCGGGCGGGUCCGUCCUCCCUUCCCCAGAGCUGGGGGUCCUGAGUAUGCUUGGACUAACGUCUGUUCCUCACUUAGAACAGCAAGGCUUGGGGUAAAUUCAAGCGGAGAAACGUGACGCAAAGCAGACGCCAUCUGUGUGGAGACCCCCGUGCUCUGCCCCCCGCAGCCUGGGAGCCUGGCAAAGCUGGGGGCGGGGAGAGGCCUUAUCACUCUGACGCCCGACCCCGGCGACUGCAGGGGGCCGGCGGGUCCCAGAGGACCUGAGGCGGUGUGCCGUCCAUCCAUCCGUCCAUCUGUCUGUCCCUGUGCCUGGGCCCCUCACCGGGCCGGGGCUGCAACCCCCAGGCAGCAGUUACGCACCGGUGUCAGUGCUAGGAGGCCACCUGAGCCCCGACCUCUUCCACGGGCUGGGCCUGGCCCGCGGCCCAGCUGACCCCCAGCUGAGAAAUGGACUGGCGCCCGGACCACAGGGGUGCCAUGGCAGGGGGUUAAGCCGGGGUGUGAGAAGAUCUCUGGCUCUGCGUCGAGCAGGACGGGUGCCCCGGCCAGGGAGGCGAGAGGGCCUUUCGUGGACUCAGAGGACAUCGCUCCUUCCCGGUUGUGUGACGGGGCUGGCGGGAGGCGAGCGCUGGGUGCCGCUGGGCGAGGUCCGCUCAGGAGGCUUCUCUGAGGAGGCGACGGGGGGGUGGGUGGAGGCAGAGACCCCAGGAAGUGAGGGACGUCUGGGCAGAGUGGCCCCAGCACACCCAGCUCUGCUCCCACGGGGACCGGCCACGGGGGCCAAGGGCUCGCUUGUGCCUUUAGCCUGGCGGCCCACGGUGGGCCUUUGGAAUAAAAUCGGACAAGUCCGACAUCGUC